CUCAAACUUGAUCAAACAAGUAGAACUAGGCAAUCACUGCAAUCACAAUGCCCCACGCAACAAAGACAAAGAAGCAAACCCGCCCACGGGUCAACACCGCCAUCUCGGCUCCGGUCUCAUACCCGGUUCGGCCACAGCAGCAGAAUCAGGUUUCUGCCUCAUCAUCGAGUUCUUCUUCCCAGUCCUACACUUGGACAGCAGCAGAUGCUGCCAAAGCCUCGCGAGAUGGGGCAUUCCUGACGGCUUGGCCGCCUGAGGAGACUUAUUAUGCCCCACCGGUUCAUCUCUUCGGCCAGAACUACCAGGCACAGCGUCAAGCUCAGGGGCAGGUGCAGGAUAGUCAGCAUCAUUACUCUUCAACAUAUAGACCUCCUACUACAUUGAACCAAGGAGCCAGUACCGGCGGGAAGUAG